GCCCUGCGCUAUUCCGUUGUCGUUUACAUUGUGCAGGGAUGGCGGAACAUGAUUGACCACUCAGAGGACAAAAGACGUCCAAGACACGACCUCGAGGCGGCUACGUGCGCACACGAGCAGCACUCGGUUGAAACGGUGUGCCGUACGGUGUGAGGCAGGUGGGUAGCACCCAGUUAAAGAUGCAGGAACACGGCUUCGCUCGACGGGGCGCAGUACUGGGGUGUAGGCCCGGGUCGGGAUUCACUGCGCAUAAGGCCCAGGUCCCCGCUGGGCGCGACUGACUUGACUCGAGGUCAAGCUCAAAGAUUCGGAUGACUCCUCUAUCACCUUCGCUAAUGUCCCGUUAACACACUUUCUAUUUCUUAUAAUAUUGUCUUUGUCUCCUCAUCCUUUUUUCCUUCCAUCUCCUACACUCUAUUGCGCAAUGGCGGUGAAACUCGACUCAAAACCGCGCAAGGCUGAAGAUGCCGAAGUCGCGUCCUGCAUCUCCAAUCUUGUCCAAGCGUUCACAAACGGUCUUAACAUCUUCAGACGACUACGCGAAAGACGGCGAAAGCGCAAAGCGCGCAAGGAGAGUCAAGCACCAGAUCCAACGACAAGCGCAGAGCUCCAACUAUCAAAAUCUUUGCGCCGAGGACCGCAAGAGUUGGCGGAUAGGUAUGCUGAAUGCUAUCAUAGUGGGAUGGGCCAGCGAUUUGCAAAGGGUGAUGCAAUUGCGCAUGCGUCUCUCGCUGAGACACUUAUCAAAUUAAACACUGGUCUAGUUAGCAUUAUUGCAACAUUUCUCAACCAUGAUUCCAAGACCGGGAAAAGUCAUUUGGAUCUGGACUACAAGUCUCUUACGAACUUGUCUGACAUCUCACGGAAAGAAGCACUACACAGUAUGACCCAGCUGUAUCAACGUCUCAGCCACUCACAACUACAACUUUACCAUAUUGACGCAUCUUGUUGCCAUGUCUGCGGAAGCGCAAAACAUUUCGAUUGCUCAGGAAGGAGCAUUAGCCCAGAGAAAGAGAAAAAAAGACAUACGAGCUCACGACAACGAAUAAGCGGACCAGUGGUUACUAAAAUGCCAAUCAAAAGCUCAAGUCAACCACAGCUUGUUGUAAUGAGGCCAAAGAACACGAGGAAAGGAAGCAGCUCCAGCAACAGCUCUAGCUCGGCGAAGUCAGGAUCUAACUCAGGAUAUUCAACACCAGUGGCGUCUCCCUUACCAAAGUAUGUCCCCAUGGAACCCAUUGAGAUCCAGACGUCGGGCAUCAUCAAGGGAACCCUGGGAGCAUGGCCCGAAGGUCGGAGAGGAAGAGUCGAUUCCUUCGAUGACCAAAGGCCAACAACGUGGCCGCAUAAUUACACCAGAGCCCCGUCGGCGCAUCUGCAUCAUCCGACGCCCAAGUUACCUAACUUCACUUCGACUCCACGAAAGGAGUCGAAAGAGUCGCCUCACUCCGUGCAACGAAGCAAGCCCACCUCGUCUCCACCAGCCAUCUCUCCAGUCACCAAGCGACGUCUUGAUAAAGCUACCCCAUCGUCGUACACAUUCGCAUCCGACAGCACAAAACUGGGCGAAAUUCCGCAACGCUCUUGGACGACGCCGUGGGACUACGAGGAAGCCGAGCGCUUAAAUUCCGAGGCUGCUGUGGUCGGGCAUCCUUCCGCUGCAGCAGUUAUUGAAGACAAAGCGAGCAAGAAGAAGGGUAGGUUCAGGUUCCUGCGGCGGGGAAGUACAACUGCAGCGAUUGCGUAAGCUAGGUAAGUGAUAGAGAGAGAGAGAGAGAGAGUAUGGCCUCGAGUUUUUGUUUUCGGUUCGGGUUUGUUACUUUUGCUUUAGUCACUUUCGUUUAGCAGGCGUUGGCGUUGGUAUUUCCUUUUUAGCGUUGACACUCAUGGAUAACGACUUAUGAUAUGUAACGAGUAACGAAGGCAUGACCGAUUUUGGGAAGACGAAUGUAUGUCUAUAGUACUAAUUAUAUGUUUGAUUAACCAACAAUGGAUCGCAAUACUCGUCCAUGAAACCACUGGUGUUGUUCUGAAAGGACAUUGCGCGGGCGUAAGUCGAUGACAUGGCCC